CAUCGCUCCCUUGCUGCAGCAUCAUCCAGCAUUCCACUUUCAAGAAAGCUCCCAUGACACUCUCGCCUUCACACUUAGGCCAAACAGCUCCUCAAUGGCGACAGUUCACUUUCUUCGAUGCGGAAAAUGUCAAGGAUGAACAGGACAUGGCCCAGUCGCCUCGAGCUAUCCGACAACUGACUCCGCCAGUCGUAAUUACCACCACAGCUCCUAAAUCUCCUCUGUCACCCUCACUGAUAGUCUCUUCAUCUCGAAAUAUCAGUAUCCUCGACAAGCAUUUCUCCAUCGAGCGAUCGUUUACUGCCUGGGAACAAAAUGGUCGCGCGACAUUCCUUCUCGAGGCAGCCGGGCUGCUUGUAGCUAUAGGAGAGGAAGAAGGGAGCCUUUGGCCCCUGCUGAAGGUGUGGGAUCUGACGAAGGACGACAAGAAGAGUUCAGAGAGAAGGCCAGUGCUGCUCAGAAGCGUACGGAUACAACAUGGACAAAGGCCUCAUCCUGUAUCUUCGGUAGCUCUUACGUCGAAUCUAUCGCAUCUCGCUAUAGGGCUAGGAGACGGCACCGUCCUUCUCUAUCGACACUUCCUUCAAUCAUUGACUACUUCUUUAUCUCUAACAUCCCUUCCCAAGGCUCGCGUUGUCCACGAAUCACAUGAACCAGUGACUGGCUUAGGAUUCCGCGAAUAUCCACCAACAGAUAAAUCAACACCUAGCAGGUCAUCUUCCUCUCACGGAUUCAGUUUGUUUAUCGUUACCACCAACAGAGUACUCUCGGCUCCAGUGAACGGUAAAGGCGAGGCGAGGACGAUAGAUGAUGUGGGAUGCGCUCUUGGAUGUGCUGCAAUGGACUCUCAGAGGAAGGAAAUGGUUGUGGCCAGAGACGAGGCUAUAUAUCUUUACAGUCCCGAUGGUCGUGGGGCUUGCUUGGCCUAUGAAGGACCCAAGUCAUCUAUAGCAGUAUACAAUCAUAAUCUUAUCAUAACAUCGCCUCCAUAUUACCCGUCUGCCGCCUCCGCCUCGGCCACUGUCAGGCAUUAUGCCAAGUCAACCCCAAACGGCGAAUUAGGAUCGCCUGACAUGGCAAAGAUCACAAUAUUUGAUUUAGAUAACAAGGUGAUCGGGUAUUCUGGGACUUAUAGCGAAGGAGUGCGGGAUGUUUUUUGUCAGUGGGGAGGGAUCUAUGUGUACGGCGCCAACGGCAAGUUAUCACGAUUAGACGAGCAAUCCACCCAGGCUAAGCUUGAGACACUAUAUCGGAGAAACCUGUACACCCUCGCCAUCACCAUGGCUCGGUCACAAGGCCUUGAUGAAGCAGGCAUUGCCGAUAUCCACAGACGAUAUGGUGAUUAUCUGUACAGUAAGGGUGAUUUCGAUGGGGCAAUGGGUCAGUUUGUCAAAACAUUGGGGUCCCUGCAGCCAAGCUAUGUCAUCCGCAAAUUCCUGGACGCGCAAAGAAUUCACAACCUUACAACCUAUCUCCAAGAACUUCACUCUCGCGGUCUCGCUAAUCCCGACCACACUACACUGCUUCUCAACUGUUACACCAAGACAUCCGAUCGAGCUCGUCUCGACCAGUUCAUUCGUACCGAGGCUCGACGCUCUUCGUCGCCUGCGCCUGGGACUGGGGCGGGUGGACGGGAAGGAGAGUUGCCUUUUGAUCUGGAUACGGCCAUUAGGGUAUGUAGGCAAGCAGGAUUUUAUGAACAUGCGGCAUAUCUGGCCAAGAAGUUUGAUAAGCAUGAGGAUUACUUGAGGAUUCAGAUUGAGGAUGCGGGUAAGGUUGACGAGGCGUUAAGAUAUUUGAGAGGGCUGGGGCCGAAAGCCUGCGAGGUGAAUAUGGUGAGAUAUGGGAGAACAUUACUUCAGCACGAACCAGAAGCCACAACAGAACUCCUCAUCGACUUAUGUUCUGGAAAUCUUGGGAAGAAGAAAGCGGUACAUGAAGUCGAUGGAAAGACGGAUGGGACUACCGCUGGUAGCGGAGCGAACGGGAGCGGGCCAGCGAUGUUGUCAUAUCUGGGGUACAACAAGGUGACUGGGUUCUUGUCUGGAGAUACGCCCUCAGGCGCAACAUUGAACGAGGAUGAAAAGCCAACUGAUGCUCAUGACGGUACCGAUGCUGCCAGGGUUGGGGAGGAUGAAAAGGAAGACAUGACCCCUAGCUAUGUUCCAGCCUCCCCGAGACAAUACUUUGCCCACUUUGUAGAUCAUCGCGAGCUUUUCAUACAUUUCCUCGAAUCUGUCGCUCUCAACCUUUGGAACCAAAAAGUCGACCCCUCAAUUUCAAAUUCCAGUACCAUUUCAGCUCCUAAAAGAGAUAUGGACGCGCCUCCUCCCACCGACCCGACAGUUAUUGACCAAACUGCCGUUUGGAACACCCUUCUCGAGCUCUAUCUCUCCUCGUCUGCCGAACAAUCGAAACGGAAAGCACUCGCCUUAAUCAACAGCGACUCGACACCUUACGAUCCCAUGCAUGCGCUGGUUCUGUGUUCCUCUGUAGGCUUUAGAGAGGGCAUGGUAAGACUUUGGGAAGGGAUGGGAAUGUACGAGGAUGUCCUGAGGUAUUAUAUGGAUGAGGGACAAGAAGCCGAAGACGCGCAAGGAAUAACGCCCUCGAGCAAGGUGUUCACCCACCUUGAAAUGUACGGCCCGUCACACCCACACUUAUAUCCUCUUGUCCUUAGAUACCUUACAUCAUCACCUGCUAUCCUUACAAGACACAAGGGAGAGCUGUCCAAAAUAUUGGCCAAGAUUGAUGAGUAUCAGAUCAUGCCGCCGCUCGGCGUUGUGCAGUUGUUGAGUAGGAAUGGGGUAGUUGAUGUUGGAAGCGUCAAGGAGUGGUUGAGAGGAAAGGUUGAGGAGAAUGAAGAGGAGAUUGAGUCUGAUAAACACCUUUACGAUUCUUAUCGUUCGGAAACUGCUGCCAAGCGCAAAGCUAUUUUGGAUAGGAGCAGCGUGUCCCAGCCAGAAGUUUUCCAAGUCACAAAGUGUGCAGCGUGCGGUGGGCAGCUUGAUUUACCGAGUGUACACUUUAUGUGCAAGCACAGCUAUCACCAAAGAUGUUUACCGGACUCUGAUCCAGAAUGUCCCAUCUGUGCUCGACAACACUCGGUUAUCCGUGAACUUCGACGCAAUCAGCUCCGCCUGGCUGACAGACACGAUUUGUUUUUGGAAGAAGUGCACCAGGCAGAAGACGGGUUCAAUGUGGUGGCGGAUGCGUUUGGGAGAGGGUUGUUUGGGCGAGAAGGGGUUGAUGAGAAGAUUGAGGCUUAGAUUGAGGCUUAGAGAAAGACCAACUAGGGCUUGCAGGAAAAGAAGAGUUUGUCAUCAUGUCCAUAAUGCAGCUUGCUUGUACUGCAUGCUGUUCUAUGGUCUGCAAGGACGCUUCAUAGUAUGCUCGUCUACAGACUGCCAAGCAUAGCCUCGGCACU